UUUUUUGGUUAUGGCAUAACAGUGAGCUGCAUUAAAUAUUUACAAAAAUUUAAGUUUUUUCAAUAAAAUCAGACAAAAUGUUGCGCUCUUUAAUAGGAGGCGCUCUUAGAGGAGCUUCAUAUGCCACCAAUGUUGCCUCAGUGGUCGCAACGCGUUCUUCAAUUGGGGCACCUUUGCAAAAAGCUUUUUUUUCUUCUUUGCAAACAACUUCCAGCAGCACAUUACCCAAAUUGUACACUCCGGUAGCAACCAACUGUAAUCUUUUGCAGCAAGCUGCAACAAUGCAAUUGCAAACUACCCGUGAUCUUACAAAAUUCUCCCUGAAUAAAGGUAAACGCAAGUCGGUGAAAGCAGUUAUCAAACGUUUCAGACGUCUGGAUUGGGGUGGCUGGGUUCGUACACAUACUGGUCGUCAUAAGAAGCUAUUUAAGAAAUCCUCCGCCUUAAAACGUCGCUUGCGUCAACAUAUUUUCACCAAUUCAACACAAAGUUGGUUGCUUGACCAAAUGGUGGGUAAAUUUUGGCGUCGUCCCAAAAAUUGGGUUGAUGAUCCAUAUGCCCCCUACAAUAAACGUGAUGAAUUCUUUGCUACCAAAAGUAAAUCUUUUAAAGUGUAAAAUUUAAUUGUUGAAAUGAAUAAUAAAGUUAAAAUUUAAUUAAAAA